UUACCUGUCGGAUGAGCGGGCCAGCAGCCGGCCAGCACCGCCAUCCGGUCCGGCCCAUUACGGGUAGCAGCCCCGGCAACCUGCCCAUGGUCUCCUAGUGUCACCUGGCGGGCUGCGCGCACACUCACACGCACACACACACACACACACACUCACACACACACACCCGGGGAAACGCACACACGUACCAACUUGCAUACCCCCGGGGGAAUGUUGGGGAGGUGAGUCACGGCCGUGAGGAGUAUUAAGCCAGCAUCCACUGGUGGAUCCUGGUAGAACGUCCCCCGGUGCCGUGCUGGUGUGACUGCUCUCAGCCCUCUCUCUACUCCCCGGACACAUCAGCUCUCUCUCGUAUCUUCCCUACCGUCUUCAUGGAGACUUACCGAGCUCCCAAGGUCAACCGCUACUGGAAGCGCCCCAAGCCCAAGGUGUAUGACUGUAACGUCAGGGAUGCGGAGCGCUUCUACCAGGAGAAUUACAAACGAUACCUAUCAGAAAAGGAGGAAGCUGCAGCCAAGGCCGCGAGGUCACGAUCUAUAGACUCUGACAAGAUCGAGUUCUACCCUCACCUGAGAGCUGGCCCCAUCAGGCGUGAUCCUUCAUCCAGAUCUUCCUCAACUCGCAGCGAUUUUCCUCCCAUUCCUCCUUCCCAGCCAGAAGGGUUCAAGUCCCGUCUCGACUCCGACCGCUCGUCUGCCGAGACUAGCUUCACAAGCCGCGUUGAAGGACUUCCAUCCUAUGACUCUGCCCAUGACAGUUCAAGUCUAGAGGAGCGACUAGAGCGUCUUAAAAGACUGCGGGAGGAGCUCGGCCUGCCUGCCGACACUAAGACGGGUUAUGCUUCCUCUUCUCUCUCCGCCAGAAGUGGUUCCGCCACUCGAACCACUGGCAGUGGUCUCGGCGACUUUGAGACUUCUUACAAAUCAGAGCGAACUUCGCGAUCUGCCGCUGGUGGAGGUCCAGAGGAAACGUCAUCAUAUAGUUUCAAGUCCGAAAAGUCCUCCCGGAUGAAUGGUACCGGUGGUUUGGGCGAAGAUUAUAAGCUAAAAUCAGAACGCAACACUGACGGUUACAGAAUCAAGUCCGAACGCGGAACUGACGAUUACAAAUAUAAGUCAGAGAGCAAUAACGAUUACAAGUUGCCGACAAGGUUGGUGGAAUUCGAGCUACCCAAGGUUGAACGGAAACCAUUGAAUUUAUCGCCUAAACUAGAGAGGAAGAAGGAUUACUCAUUUGCCUCCUCUGCGGAAAAGAAAGCAGACCGGUUUUCUAGCUUAUCAUCUGCUGGUACAUCGACGAGCGUCUCCGGCGGUCGCAGUAGUCGCAGAGUGGCCGCUGACCUGGAGAUCGAUGACGACGACACCAGUGUGGUUGAUAUGAUGAAGAAGCUCCCUUCGUCUCAAGACAUUCUUGAACGCAUCAGUAAAAUGGACUUGGAUGACUGACUGGAGGACAUAAUUGACGCCAAACUUUGAUGAUUGUAGCUGAUAAUAAAGUGUGUGGAAUAAUGAACAUGACGUGAGGGAAUUCUGCCAUGAAGUAACGUUAUAGUGUUUUCCUUAUAUGGCAAUAUGUUCUCCCUCCUAUAAGGAACACAACCCGUCGUUUCAGGACUCCAUAAGGAGGGAAACAUUGAUGAAGGGUAUCAACGAUUGCUACAGUAAAUGUUUCCCCUGUGGAGAAUAUCUACCAUGAGCACACCAGACCAGCCACACUGAUUGUCUGUGAUGACCAGCUACUCGGACUGUGCCUGUGAAGACCAACUACUCGGAUAGUGCCUGUGAAGACCAGCUACAGCUAUUGUGCCUGUGAAGACCAGCUACCGCGAUUGUGCCUGUGAAGACCAAUUAUUGUGAUUUUCUUGUGAAGACCUGCUACUGUAGUUGUGACAGUGAUAAGGGUGAAACAUAUGAAGAGUAUUGUGAAGAUCGCAGGUACAGCCAUGAUUUACUCAGCUGUCAGUGAGGAAUCAGACAGGAACUGAGGCCAGUCUUCACCAAAGUUUGUUGUCAAUUAUGAUAAGCAGGAAAUAAUCAGAAAAACUGUUAAGUGUGUAACCCUUCCCUGCCUAUACUCCGCCCAGCUUCCUUGCUCCACACUCUUUAUACCAAACAAUACCAUUUGUCUAUUCCGAAAACGUAAUUGUGACUUUUCCAGUUAGUAACAGGAAAAUAAAUUUGUUACAAUGGCUCAUCUAAUCAUUAAGAAACAUAUUUAGUAUUUGCACAUUUUUGUAUACACGAACUGUACAUAUUAAGAAAAGCUUGUGGAACCAUGGACUCCAAUGUUUAUGCUGGCGGCGUGACUAUGUCCUCUCCCACACUCCCGCCUCCUGUUCCUUUCCUUCGGGUGGUGGAGGUGGCGCUGCUGCUGCUGCUGCUGCUGUUUCAGUACUGCAGCUCCAAGCUGAUCGCAGACGUGUGUGUGUAUCUCUUGCAGCAUCUUGUAACAAUGGCUUCUCGCAACGUGUGUUUGGUGGGUAUGCACUUCGAGCGCCCAGGGGCCCCCAGGGUGUACUCUCGCAACACAAGCG